CGUUCCACAUUCAAGCCAUCUUUUACAAACAAUUUUGCAUUUAUACAUGAUUUUAAAAAGUUUUGUCAAAGCAGACGUUUAAAGAUUUCUAAUCGCGAUUCAAUAUAAUGUUAUGUAAAUCCUUACAAUAAUAAGAUUUUAAUAUGGAAAUUACUGUGCACUCGAAAGCCAAAUUGUAUUAUUUUGCAUUAUUACAGUUUGAAAUUAAUCAUUACAUUGUACCCAGUGACAGAUUCUUAAUGUAUGCGUGAUACAUAUGUAUAAAUCUCAUCAUAAUGAAAGGAGGGCAAAAAAUGGUUGGCGAAUAUUCAUAACAGCACGUAGCCAGAAAUGUCAUUUUUGUAUUGGUGACUAGUGCUUCAAACAAGUCCUCAAAGUGAUCAGUAGGUUGAGUGAAAAACCACGAAGAACUUUUUGAAAUGGAUAAAAAUGAGAAGAAGGAGGUGAAGAAUCCCAGGAAAAAUGCUAAUAUAUUUUCAGUUCUCAGCUUUUCUUGGCUCUACAAAAUUUGUUUCUUGGGGUAUCGCAAGGAGCUGGAGGUGACUGACCUUUAUUCUCCACUCGAUGAACAUUCUAGUCACCAGUUAGGAAAUAAAAUCGUUAGAAUAUGGAACUCAGAAGAAAUCCGAUGCAAAGAAAAAGGAAAAUCUAAACCCGAUUUAAUUAGGGUACUCGCUCGUUGUUUUGGGAAAAGAAUUGUAAUAAUUGGUUGCUUCCAAGCAUUUACAGAACUAGUUGUAAGAAUCUGUCAACCAGUCUUUCUCUCAAAAUUGUUGACUUUUUUUCACACUGGAGAAGCGUUUACAAAUAACGAAGUUUAUUAUUGGGCAGCAGGGCUUGUUUUGAGUCAAAUCAUCCAUUGCGUGAUUUUUAAUCUUGCUUUACACGGAAUGACCCAUAUGGGGAUGAAAAUUAGGGUAGCUUGUUGCACUCUGAUUUACAGAAAAAUUUUACGAAUGUCGAAAAGUUCGAUUGAAGAAGGUACAACUGUUGGACAGAUAGUCAAUUUGUUAAGCAACGACGUGAACAAUCUAGACUUUGUCUUGAACGAUUUACAUUAUUUUUGGAUAGCACCAAUUCAGGCCAUCAUAGUCGCUUAUAUUUUAUAUACGGAAGUUCAAUUAUCAGCUGUUUUUGGAAUUUUGGUUCUCUUUUUAAGCAUGCCCCUCCUAGUUUUCAUUGGAUUACGAGUACCUGACAUAACCCUAAAAGCCUCAUUAAAAACAGACGAAAGACUACGUUUGAUGAAUGAAAUAAUCAGUGGAGUACAGGUGAUUAAAAUGUAUGCUUGGGAAAAGCCUUUCUCCUACCUAGUUGAUAAAGCGCGUCAGAAGGAAAUCAGUGCAAUCAGAAAAAGCUCAUUUAUCGAUGCUGUUCAAAUGUCCUUUGAUUCUUAUAUCCCCCGUCUCUGUCUCUUUGUUACGAUUGUAUCGUAUGCGUUAAUGGGGAAUCCAAUAUCUGCAAAGACUGUUUACAUAAUUACAGCUUAUUACAACAAUAUGAGAUAUUCUGUUAAUAUCUGCCUAGAAUUUAGUGUUCAGCGAAUGGCAAAGGCAAUAUCGUCAAUCAAACGCCUUGAAAAAUUCAUGACCUCUUCAGAAAUUCAACACUCCCCUGACCUAAUUUACACAAAUGAAAAAAUGACUGACAGCAAAGCUGUAAUUGAAUUAAAGGAUGUAUCAGCAAAGUGGUCAUCAAAUCUAAAGAAGGAAACUUUAAAAAGUGUGAAUUUUAGUGCAAAGGGUGGUGCAAUCACAGCCCUUAUCGGUCAAGUUGGUGCAGGAAAAACGAGUCUUUUCCACACCAUUCUUCGAGAACUACCGCUCACUGCAGGAAGACUCAGAGUAUCAGGAAAAAUUGCUUAUGUUAGUCAAGAACCUUGGAUUUUUGCCUCGAGCAUCAGGCAGAAUAUUCUCUUCGGAAGACCAAUGGACAGAAAGCAAUAUGAAAAUGUGAUUAGUGUUUGCCAACUUGAUCAGGAUUUCGCAAUGUUUCCAAACAAGGAUCAGACGAUGAUAGGAGAAAAAGGCAUCAAUCUCAGUGGAGGUCAACGAGCGAGGAUAAACCUGGCCAGAGCAGUCUACUCACAAGCUGAAAUUUAUCUCCUUGAUGAUCCCCUAUCAGCAGUUGACACACGAGUUGGAAGACUCAUUUUUCAACAGUGCAUCAACGAAUACCUUGAAGGAACCACCAGAAUCCUCAUAACUCAUCAGUUCCAAUAUCUUAAAAAUGUAGACAGAGUCUUUGUCCUUAACAAUGGAUCCAUCGAAGCUCAAGGUACUUUUCGAGAACUCCAAAGCUCUGGCCUUGACUUCAUGAAAGUUCUCCAAGAUUCUAACGAAGUUGAUUCUGUUCCAAAGGAAGAAAAGAGUAAGACUGAGCACUUAGGGACCAAUCCACUUGAACAAAGGACCCAAGACCAGGAAUUAGAAGAAGAAGCUGAGCUUCGAAGCUUUGGAAGGAUCUCUGGAAAGGUCUACAUUUCAUAUUUCAAAGCUGUUGGAAGCUUCGCCUUCGUAGUGCUGAUGUUAAUUGUCAGUGUACUGAGUCAGAUGGUUGCGAGUGGUGGAGAUUAUUUUGUUGCUGUCUGGGUGAACGCGGAAGAGAAAUUCAAUAGGUCCAAAAUUUUUAGAGGAUCUAAUCCUGAUGAAGAUGUAUCUUUCGACAGAGAUUGGUACAUCUAUGUAUAUGCCAUCCUGACCUUGUUGACCAUCAUCAUGGUCUAUGUGCAGGUCUUUAUAUAUUAUGAAAUGUGCAUGAGAGCUUCCCAAACGCUGCACGCUUCCAUGUUUUCUAAGAUUAUUAGAGCGACGAUGUCUUUCUUCCACAACAAUCCGUCUGGUCGAAUUCUCAACAGGUUUUCAAAAGACGUUGGAGCAGUUGACAGACUUCUACCACUAAGCAUGUUGGAUGUUAUAACGAUUGGUUUGCUCCUCAUAGCUGUGGUUCUCAUCACUACAAGUGUCAACUAUUGGCUCCUCAUCCCAACUGUCAUCAUGGGCUCUUUAUUUUAUCUCUUUAAGGGAGUAUACAUCAAAACUAGUCGUGCCGUCAAACGCCUUGAAGGAACAACUCGAUCUCCCGUAUUCAGCCACCUGAGUGCAACUCUCCAAGGCCUCACAACAAUUAGAGCCUUUAAUGCGGAACAAAUCCUAACAAAUGAAUUCGACAACCAUCAGGAUCUUCACUCGUCAGCCUGGUUCAUCUUCUUCUCCUGUGCUAGACUUUUUGGAUACUAUCUAGAGCUCCUCUGCUCACUCUACGUAGCAAUUGUUGUCUACUGUUUUCUGCUUGUGGAUUUGAACGAAUUUACCGGAAAUGUAGGUCUAGUUGUUUCGCAAUGCAUCCUCUUAGCUGGAAUGCUGCAGUGGGGAAUAAUGCAAACAGCAGACAUGGAGAAUCAGAUGACUUCUGUAGAACGAAUAGUGGAAUACACCAAAGUAGAGGAAGAACAAUCCCUCGAAAGUGGUCCCGAGAAUAAGCCUCCUGAAAAUUGGCCUUCAGAAGGUAAAAUUGAAUUCAGAAAUGUCUUCCUCAGAUACAGUCCUGAUAAGCCAGCUGUCCUAAAAAAUCUAAACUUCACAAUUCUACCAAAGGAGAAGAUUGGAAUCGUUGGAAGAACAGGGGCUGGGAAAUCCUCCUUGAUGUCUGCACUUUUCCGACUCGCUUAUUUGGAUGGUGAAAUUUAUAUUGAUGGGGUGGCUACCAGUAAUUUAGGAUUGCAUAAUUUGCGAAGCAAGCUUAGCAUAAUUCCCCAGGAACCUCUGCUAUUUGCUGGUAGUCUGAGGAUGAAUUUGGAUCCUUUUGAUGAAUUCAAGGAUGAUGACCUUUGGAGGGCUUUGGGUGAGGUGGAAUUGAAAGAUGUAAUUGUGGAAAUGGAAGCUGGUUUGGAGGCCAAGGUUUCAGACGGUGGAUCCAAUUUUAGUGUAGGGCAAAGACAACUUUUGUGUCUGGCUAGAGCAAUUAUUAGGAAAAGCAAGAUUUUGGUUCUGGACGAAGCCACUGCUAAUGUUGAUCCUCAAACUGAUGAACUCAUUCAGCAAACCAUUAGAAAGAGGUUCAAAGAUUGUACGGUGUUGAUUAUUGCUCAUAGAUUAAAUACAGUCAUGGAUUGUGAUAAAUUCAUUGUCAUGGAUGCUGGAUCGAUGGUGGAAUUUGAUCAUCCUUCUUCAUUAUUGCAAAAGGAAGAAGGAUUCUUGUACGAUAUGGUUCAACAAACUGGGCAGGAAAUGGCUCAAGUUCUUACAAAAAUGGCUGAAAAAAUAAGUUAGAAAUAGUCGAAUCGCAAUAUUUAAAAAAUAAUAUUUACUAGACUAUAGAAAUUAUAUUUCGCUAGAUAAUAUAAUUGUUAUUAAAUAUGCUGAAAGAUGACUCAACCCUGAAAUUCAAUUAAUAUAAGUAUUAAUUUCCCACAGUAUUUAUUAACGUAAAUAUAAGUUGUAAAUGGUCGGCAGUACUUACCUGGAACUAUCACGUUCCAUAUACAGUACAAACCAGAAUUUAAAGUUAUAUUCGACUUAACUUCAGAUUUGAUUUGAAUUAAGAAAGGAAUGUUAUAUAUAUAAUGAAAAUUUUGUAAAUAAAUGUGAUGGUAUAUAUGUAUACAUG